CGUAUAAAACCCACAUAAGGCCUCGGCCGGGAGUCCGCUCGGGAUUACGCAGACAUGGCAAGUAAGAAAGCGUCCAAUAAGAGACAGAGGGGAGCGCAGAAGUCUUGCUCCAAUGUCUUCUCCAUGUUCGAGCAGUCCCAGAUACAAGAAUUCAAGGAGGCUUUUGGCUGCAUUGACCAGGACAGAGAUGGCGUUAUUAAGAAACAAGACCUGAAGGAGACCUAUGCACAACUGGGAAAGCUCAACGCGAAGGAAGAAGAGCUAGAUGAGAUGUUGAACGAGGGCAAAGGACCUAUCAACUUCACUGUCUUCUUGUCUCUCUUUGGCGAGAAACUCAACGGCACCGAUCCAGAAGACACCAUCCUCGCUGCCUUUAAGCUUUUCGAUCCCAAUGCGACAGGCUUCGUCAACAAGGAGGAAUUUAGACGAUUAUUGCUGAACCAGGCGGAUAAAUUCACGCCCGAGGAGGUGGAUCAGGCCUUUGCGCUCGCUCCCAUCGACCCGACAGGAAACAUCGACUACAAGUCCCUCUGCUACAUCAUCACACACGGAGACGAGAAGGAAGAGUCCUGAACGAGGCUCACUGUUUGGAAGUUGUCCUUAAAGUCACCCCAAUUCCAGCGCCAGCCCUUUUUACAAUGGAU